AUGUCCAUGCACGCCCACCUCCCUCCCCCGCCAGCCAUGCCACGCCCACCUCCCUCCCCCGCCAGCCAUGCACGCCCACCUUCCUCCCCCGCCAGCCAUGUCACUGCCCAGCUUCCACCUUCCUCCCAUGUCCAUGCCGCCCAGCUUCCUCCCCCGCCAGCCAUGCACGCCCACCUUCCUCCCCCGCCAGUCCAUGCACGCCCACCUUCCUCCCCCAUGUCCCAUGCACGCCCACCUUCCUCCCCCAUGUCCAUGCCACGCCCACCUUCCUCCCCCGCCAGCCAUGCACGCCCACCUCCCUCCCCCGCCAGCCAUGCACGCCCACCUUCCUCCCCCGCCAGCCAUGCACGCCCACCUUCCUCCCCCGCCAGCCAUGCACGGCCGCCCUCCUUCCCCCGCAACCCAUGCACGGCCGCCCACCCUUCCCCGCCAGCCAUGCACGCCCACCCUCCCCCACCAGCCAUGCACGGCCGCCCUCCUUCCCCCGCCAGCCAUGCACGGCCGCCCACCCUUCCCCGCCAGCCAUGCACGCCCACCCUCCCCCACCAGCCAUGCACGGCCGCCCUCCUUCCCCGGCAACCCAUGCACGGCCGCCCACCCUUCCCCGCCAGCCAUGCACGCCCACCCUCCCCCACCAGCCAUGCACGGCCGCCCUCCUUCCCCCGCCAGCCAUGCACGGCCGCCCUCCUUCCCCGGCAACCCAUGCACGGCCGCCCACCCUUCCCCGCCAGCCAUGCACGCCCACCCUCCCCCACCAGCCAUGCACGGCCGCCCUCCUUCCCCCGCCAGCCAUGCACGCCCACCCUCCCCCACCAGCCAUGCACGGCCGCCCUCCUUCCCCCACCAGCCAUGCACGGCCGCCCUCCUUCCCCCGCCAGCCAUGCACGGCGGCCCUCCUUCCCCGGCAACCCAUGCACGGCCGCCCACCCUUCCCCGCCAGCCAUGCACGCCCACCCUCCCCCAUUAGCCAUGCACGGCCGCCCUCCUUCCCCCGCCAGCCAUGCACGCCCACCCUCCCCCACCAGCCAUGCACGGCCGCCCUCCUUCCCCCGCCAGCCAUGCACGGCCGCCCACCCUCCCCCGCCAGCCAUGCACGCCCACCCUCCCCCGCCAGCCAUGCACGCCCACCCUCCCCCACCAGUCAUGCACGGCCGCCCUCCGCCGCCUUAA